UCUGCUCCACCUCGGAUGGUUUUGUAUAGGGACACUUUACGGGAUUCAGCCAGCCUCUCCACUUCCUCAAGGAAUCCGGUCACACUUCCAGUGCCAUCAAAGGAAAUGUUCCAUUUGUGUACAGGGACAGUCGGUAUUGUUGAUCGGGACUCCGGUUCUGAUCUGGCAGGUGUAGUGACAAUUGGUCGGUUAGGACUUAUCCACGGUGCAGGUGUUCCAGUAUGUGAGACAUCGACCGCUACAGGAGGGUCGACACCAUCUCCCAAGUCGAUAAGCGAUGGCUCUCGGAGCCCUGAAAUCCGUUCCGGUUGGAUUGGUGACACACCAGGCGAACUGGGCACCUCCACAUCUAAGAGAGACCUCCGAUGUCGGUUAGAUGGUUGCGGCCGUUCACGAUUACUCUUCUGACGUAGCUCCUCUAGUGUCUCCAACGCCUUAGCUGUAGUUGCCUUCAUUUGUCCAACUAGUUGUAACUGUGUUGUGUCUGCAGUAACAAUAAAGUCCAGCCUUCCU